UUUAAGUGUACAGUCAAGUUGGAUAUAACUUUAAUUGUUUUAUUAAGAUUAAAAAUGUCGCUUUUGAAGCGCAUUAAAAGGUCUGUGACUGGAUCUUCACAAACUAGUGAAAAGAAACUUGCUGUGAUAAGGAGUAAAAAUAAGGAAACUUUAACCGCGUUUGAUCCUCAAAAUCCGCCGCCUGAAAUAAGUGCGCGAGAUGUUGAGAUUCUUAAAGAGUGCUGGAAAAUAGUUCAACAGAAUGUUGCAGAAGUUGGAAUAAUUACCUUUGUGGGCCUGUUUGAGACCCAUCCAGAAGUCCACGAUGCUUUCAUGUCAUUCCGAGCAAUUAACACUUCUGACCUCGAAUACAAUGCAAUUCUUCGUAAACAUGCACUAAGAGUAAUGGGGACUGUGGACAAGUGUAUUUAUAGACUUGAUAACAGGGACAAGCUACGAGAGCUCAUGACGGAGUUGGGAAUUCGUCACAAGAAUUAUUCCGUGAAAAUUGAAUUUAUCGAACUAAUGGGUCCCCAGUUCAUCAGCUCAAUCAAGCCCCAUUUGGAAACAUUGUGGACAGACGAAUAUGAGGGCGCCUGGGAGAAUUUAUUCAAGCUGAUGUGCUACUACAUGAAAAAGGGAAUGUGCAGUAUAUAAUCAAUGUGUUUCAGUUGAAUUUCAGGGCAGCGCUUUGACCUUUUAGACCUUUGGUCAUGUAUGCACAAACGAAUUUUUAAAUAACAUUUCAAGCACUUACACGAUACUAAAAACUCGCAAAGGCAUUAUGAUUUCAAGCAAUUGAAAGAUACAGGAAAGAUAAUAAAAAUAAGUAUUUUUUUGCGCACAUCUCCAGUUAAGUUUUGUCUAAUACAAAAUAAACAUAAGUGUAACCAAAAGUCUUACCACUUAACUAUAACUGUAAAACUAAAUUCAUUUUGUUCACCUGAAAAAAACAACAAAUGUUUAGUGUACUAAUUUGAAAUAGAUACAACGGAAUAAUUUUUGAAUUCUUACGUUUAACAUGUGUUUCAGGAAUGCGCCUUUCUUAGGUAGUUAAACGAUAAUUACAGUUUAGUACAAUUGUCCUAACCAACAUAUCAGUGUGCAUAGUGCCUGUCAGUUUUGUAGUUAUCAUCGUAUUAUUGAUUGACUAAAGUCGCUUAGGUUGAUAUAAUACUAAAACAUCUUGUCAAACAUUGUGUGAGGAAUUUAUUCUUAGCCAUUAAAAGGGUCAUCGAUGGUGCAUAACUUAUGUGUAAACAAUGCCUUUGGAGAAUUGUGUUGUUUUAUUAUGGAAUAAGAUGAACAACAUUGUCAAGAGACUACAUUAGUGGAUUAUAUUCAUCUAUAGAGGGGUGUUUCUAGAAACAGUCAUUCAUAUUGUCUAGCCUUCAAGCUAUUGACUUAUAGUGUUAAUUCAGUGCAUUUAUUUUGUUGUAGUUUAAUUGUUGACAGUAUUGUGUAUAUAUAUUGUCAUAUUUACA